ACCCUAAUCAUUUCAAUUCGAUGACAAUGGGCGUUCCAGCUGGAGAUGUUGAACGUGGCAAGAAGUUGUUCAUGCAACGCUGUGCACAGUGUCACACAAUCGAAGCUGGUGGCAAACACAAAAUGGGACCCAAUUUGCAUGGAAUUAUUGGUCGGCAGACUGGAAAGGCACCCGGAUUCGCAUAUACAGCUGCGAAUAAGGCCAAAGGUAUCACCUGGAAUGAGGACACUCUUUUCGAGUAUCUGGAGAAUCCCAAGAGAUAUAUACCCGGAACCAAGAUGAUCUUUGCCGGCCUAAAGAAGCCCAGUUUUCGUAGCGACCUCAUUGCUUACCUAAAGACGGCCACAUAGUAAAGAUAUUGUGGUCUUGUUACACUGAAGGCUUGGCUUAUAUUAAGUUAUUAUUAAAGUGAAUUCACAGAAAUUAAGGGGGUAAAAUGAAAUCUAGUAUUAAAGUUGAAGUGCAAAGGUCACAACUGGCCAUCAGUGGAAAUCAUCUGCUUAUUCGCAUUGCCAAAUGGAAAUUAACAUACAAUUGAGUUAUAGUCUACCCUUUAUUUUCCCAUUUUGUCUUUAGUUACAUUUUCCAGCA